AUGAGCAAUGGUGCCACCCAGAUAGUGAAUCGAUUGGCAAGAGCCAGUCGAUGUUCUCGACUGGCCACGCCGUCUGCAGCAAAACGAUACCUGUCCUCCGCACCCCAGAGACGGUGGUCCACGCCGCUGGCGAAGACCAUCGCUGAUGUGAUAAAUACUGCCGGCCCGAUCUCCAUCGCUGCGUAUAUGCGACAAUGCCUCACAUCGCCCGAAGGCGGCUACUACACGUCGCGUGGUUCGACUGGGGUUGAAGUGUUCGGGAGAAAGGGAGACUUUGUCACGUCCCCGGAAAUUUCACAGAUGUUCGGUGAGCUUUUGGGUGUCUGGAUGGUGACGGAAUGGAUGGCCCAAGGGAGACGAAGCCGCGGUGUUCAACUGAUCGAGGUUGGCCCGGGAAGGGGCACUCUCAUGGCUGAUAUGCUUCGAUCUGUGCGAAAUUUCAAGAGUUUCUCCUCGAGUAUCGAGGCGGUUUACCUUGUGGAAGCGAGUCCUACUCUCCGGGAUAUACAAAAGCAGAUGCUAUGCGGGGAUGCACCGAUGGAAGAGAUUGAAGUAGGGUACCGGAGUACGAGCAAACAUCUGGGCGUCCCAGUUGUAUGGACAGAACAUAUUCGGUCACUCCCACAAGGUGAUAAUGAUGUACCUUUCAUAAUUGCUCACGAAUUUUUCGACGCUCUUCCAAUCCAUGCAUUUCAAUGCGUUGCAUCCCCUCCCUCCGAAACAAUAAUCACUCCGACCGGUCCUACUACGCUCCGUCAACCGCUCUCAUCUAGCCCAACACAAUGGAGGGAGCUAGUUGUGUCCGUUAAUCCCGCAUCGCAGAUGCACGCUGAAAAUCGUCUUGAAUUCCGUUUGUCCCUCGCAAAAACGUCAACUCCGGCUUCAAUGGUUAUGCCUGAAAUGUCUGAACGGUACAAGGCUCUGAAGUCUACCCGCGGAUCGACAAUUGAAAUUAGCCCCGAAAGUCAGGGAUAUGUACAGGAGUUUGCUCGCCGAAUUGGAGGGCAUUCAAAUAGCAAAAUCCCCACCACCCGGAAACCUGCUGGUGCUGCAUUGAUUUUGGAUUAUGGACCAUCGCAUUCAAUACCCGUCAACUCACUGCGCGGUAUUAAGGACCAUAAGCUAGUGUCUCCGUUCACCUCACCUGGUCAAGUCGACUUGAGCGCCGAUGUGGACUUCAUUGCUUUGGCCGACUCUGCGAUCAGUGCCAGUCCCGGCGUCGAAGUCCACGGACCCACGGAGCAAGGAAGCUUUUUGCACUCCCUGGGUAUAUCAGAAAGAGCAGCACAGUUAAUGAAACGCGCUGAAGAUGAGACUAAAAGGAAGAAUAUAGAAGCCGGAUGGAAGCGGCUAGUGGAGAGAGGGGGUGGAGGCAUGGGAAGAAUUUAUAAAGCUAUGGCCAUUAUACCUGAGGCAGGCGGGAUGAGAAGGCCUGUGGGAUUUGGUGGACAGGUUCCAGCCUAA